AAGUGAAACAACAAACGUUAUUGAAGCUAGCUACCUCAGCAGAGGGUUAACAUCACAGACACAUACAGAUAUGGGGGACCUUCCUGUCAAUCCGCUGGUUCUGAUUGGUGUGGGCUCCAGCUUCGCCUUCUCUGGCCUUUUCUAUCAUCUGUACAAAGGGAAGAAAGAAGAGUUGAAGAAGCUAAAGGAAAUACCCGUAUUCAAGCCAGAUCAGCAUUUGGUGAAAGUACUGAAAGCGUCUCCUCACAGGCGGCUUCAGUAUGUUGCUGUAGAAGGUCUGGUGCAGGCGGAUGGGGAGUCUCUGGCAAGUCAGUUUGUCCCUCGUUGUUACGGUGUGAUUCAGAAGAUCGCAGUGGAGGAGCAGUGGAAAUUCUGGAACUCCCUCACCAAGACAUGGAAUUCACGGACAAUAAACAGAAAAGAAACCAACAACUCUGUGCCGUUCAGUCUGGUCAGCCCUGGGGCCUUCAUCAAUGACUUGUAUGUGAAGGUUCAGAACCCUCUGGAGGCCUCCGGGUGCUACCUGGACAGGGUGUACUUCAAAAGGAGUCGGGCCGAGAAGGGCUUGGCAGACAUGGUGAUGAAUGGCAUCACCGGGGAGGAGCCAGUGGCCAUGGAGGUCAGCGAGGAGCUGCUGCGGGUGGGGAGCACCCUGACUGGGUAUGGGGAGGUGGUGCUGGAGGGAGGGCAGGUGAUGAGGCUGCAGGCCCCGCAGGACGGCCGCAAGUUCAUCCUGGUGCCCACCGACCACCGGAGCUUCAUGGACGGGCACGAGAAGUCCGCCAGUAUGUGGAAGACGCUGUCGGCUGUUACUGGCAUCACAGGGGCCGCUAUUCUAACCAAGGUCAUCUGUGGGUUAGUGGGGAACCAGGAUGGAAAAUCCAAGAAGGCCUGAAGACGAUACUGUUGCUUUAACGGUUGUGUGACCGCUUUAUAGCUCUCCAAAAACUGCCUCAGGUGUUUUGUUUAGAUUCCACAGCAACUUUCUGAUGCUAAGAUAAUGUAUCACUUGUCAAAAUUCCUCAAGUGUUAGAUCCAUCAUGAUGCUAAGAUUAUUAGUCAGUGUCAUCUUGUAAGUUUUGUUUUCCCAUUAAAGUAGCAGCUACAGGGGCCUGUGAGGGUCAAUACACAACAUUGGACAAAACAUAGAAAGCACAGGAAUUUAUAAAACAUUUACAAAUUUGGAAAAAAAUACACUCAAAAAUAAAGCUGAACAGAAUCUUAGAUGUUGAUACAUUUCCCACAUUGUGAUUAUAAUGUGUUCAAUGUAUUUGUUAAAGUGUUUUGAUCCAAUGUUGUUCUGCUGUGACAGGCACUACUUUUCUUGAAACCAUCAUGAAAAUAUCUCUUAUUUCUCCUGCAGUCACUGGGACAUUUUGAAUAUAUGAAUAGCUGAAAACUGAUGACACCUCAGAGGAGGACACAUUAAAUGUGGCAUAUUUUAGUAUUGUUAAACUAUUGAAUCAAGGCAACAUUUUUGUAAUUCAAUUGUAUUUUUAUAAUGUAAGAUCAAAUCUUUUUUUUGUGGAGUUGUGUGGCGUAAUCAAUUUUUCACUUUUGAUUUGCAAGAGUAACUGAGCCUGAUUAAAAUUGAAUGUAAAAAAUGUUUUGGACUGGAUCUAUUUGCAGAUAUAAUGUACUACCUCUUAGAUAAGACCUGCAGUCUGUUUGUGGAACAAAAGAUAACACAUGAUAAAGGGAUGUGGUGAUAUUUUUAAUAAAACCUUUAAAUUGA